AUGAUCAAUUUCAGCGUGGCAAAGGCAGAGAAAAUCGGAGUAAGGUUUUCUCCGAAUUUAAUUUGUGAUCGAUGUGGAUGUUUUCAUCCAUAUGACUCUUGUAAGAUUGGUUUAGGUGGUUGCUUCAACUGUGGGUUGCCUGGUCACAUUGCGAGGGAUUGCACUCGUGGGAGGAACCCGAAUGCAGUUGCAUUGUAUGAUACUGUAGCUUCGCAUUCGUUUAUUUCAUUUGACAAAGUUGAGGAACUAGGCUUGAGAGUGUCAGAAUUGGCAUUUGAAUUGCAUGUACAUACUCUGCAUCAAAUGGUUAUGACUAGGUCUGGUUGUAGGCAAGUAGGUUUCGAGCUUGAGGGUAGAGAUUUUGUGCAUGAUUUAAUUUGUUUACCAAUGAUUGGGUUGGAGAUGAUUUUGGGGUUUGAUUGGUUAUCGAAGAAUCAAGUUUUGUUGGAUUUCUUUGAACGAACAAUUCAGUUUAUGUCGGAAGGAGAAAAUGGAGCAGUGGUAGCUGAGGAUUACUACCUGAACUCUUUUAUGUCGGAAGGAGAAAAUGGAGCAGUGGUAGCUGAGGGUUAUUACCUGAACUCUGUAAUGGUGCACUAUAAUAGGGAAGAGUGUCAGGGUUAUAUACUGUUGGCUACAAAUGCGUUAGGUGACAAUCAGGAGAUAGAUCAAAUCUUGGUAGUUAGAGACUUUCCAGAGGUGUUCCCGGAAGAUAUUCUUGAGUUUCCACCUCAAAGGGAGAUUGAAUUUGUGAUUAAAUUAGUGCCGGGAGCCGGACUAGUGUCGAUUGCACCGUAUCGAAUGGCUCCGAUAGAGCUGGCUAAACUAAAGGCUUAG